AUGCAGGGCCUGCUCUCGCCGACGUCGCCCAACGGCUCCAUCCACCACAGGCCAUACCACUACCAGCGCCCAAACACGCCCUCCCCGUCCCACAGCCCGACCCUGCCGCCCGCGAACGCGCCCGCCUACCUCCACCCCACUCCGCCCGUCCGCCCGCCACUGGCCCACCUAUCCACGCCCUCGGAUUCCAAAGACCAGAAAGAGGAUACCGGGCCUUUAGUAUUAGGCGUACCGCUGAAAUAUGUCUCGCUGGUGACGCUCGCGGUGCAAAACGCGGCGCUGUCGAUCGUGAUGCACUACUCGCGGGUGUCGACGCCGCCGUCGCUGUCCUACUCGCCCGCCUCGGCCGUGUUCCUGAACGAGCUCCUCAAGCUCCUCAUCUCCUUCGCCGUCGCCGCCCGCCACACGCCCCUCCGGCCCCUCAUCCGCGACGUCUUCUCCCCCGACAGCUGGAAACUCGCCAUCCCCGCUCUAUUAUAUGUCGUGCAGAACAGCCUGCAGUUCGUCGCGAUCGCCAAUCUGCCCGUGGCCACGUUCCAGGUCACGUACCAGAUGAAGAUCCUCACCACCGCCGCCUUCUCCGUCGCCCUGCUCCGCCGCAGGCUCAACGCGAUGAAGUGGGCCGCGCUCGUGCUGCUCUCGCUCGGCGUCGCGAUCGUGCAGAUUCAGCUGCAGAUGAGCCCCAGCAGCAGUCAGCCGGCCCAGCCCGUCGUCGGCUCUGCGCACGAGUACAGGCACGUCAUGAGCCCCGCGCGCGGCUUUGCGGCCGUAGCGGCGGCGUGCUUCACUUCGGGCCUCGCGGGCGUGUACUUUGAGAUGGUCCUCAAGGGAUCCCGCGCCGACCUCUGGGUCCGCAACGUCCAGCUGUCUUUCUUCUCGCUCCUCCCCGCGAUGCUCCCCGUCCUCAGCCAAUCACUCUCGGCGCCCUCUCCGACCGCACCAACAGGCUUCGCGAACCCGCUCCGGAACUUUGGCGGCUGGGCAUGGGCAACGGUACUGGUGCAAGUCGCAGGCGGGCUCGCAACGGCGCUCGUGAUCAAAUACAGCGACAACAUCCUCAAAGGCUUCGCGACCUCCCUCUCCAUCGUGCUCUCCUUCCUCGCCUCCGUCGCGCUCUUCGACUUCCGCAUCACGCCCUCCUUCUGCCUCGGCGCCUCGACCGUCCUCGCGGCGACAUGGCUCUACAACCAGCCCGCAGGCCGCGAGCCCCGCGUCCUCGCGCGCGCCGUAUCAGCCACAGGCGCAGUCAAAGUCAAGUCCCGACCGCCGAGCUGGGCCACGAGCCCCUCUGAACCUAUACUUGGUGAAUUCGGCGGCAGGACGCAGAGCUUCGACGAGCUGGGGUUCGUGGUGGAAAAGUCCGGCGGGGCGGGCGUGCGGAUAGGCGAUAUCACGCCGCCGCCGGUGGGGCCGAGGGUGAGUGUGACGGACGUGAGCGCCGUGGGCGCCGGAGGGGGCAUGACGGCGACGGAGAGGUAUCUGAGUGCGCCGUAUGGGAGCCCGAUGCCGAGUCGUACGCCGAGCCCGAUGGGCAGCCCGUUGCCGAGCCGCGCGCCAUCGCCGAAGCCUGGGAGCGGGUUGGGACUCGGUGCGCGCGGGAGGUGA